AUGGCUUCCAAAGUCUUCGUGCCAAAACCUAGUGCGAACCAUAUUGUAGUUUCAGUUGAAAAUAAGCCAUCCCGUUCCCAUUCUUUUGGGCAAGUUUGUUUACCAAAGAAAAGAAGCGAAAAGAUUUAUUCUUCUUCUUCUUCCUCUUCAUUAUCUUCAUCAUCAUCGACUCAUGUUGCCUCUGCUAAUACGAUCCCAUUAGCAGCUAUUUCCACAGCCAAAUUUGCCAAAAGUGUCAGUACUAAUACUACUAGCUCUACUUUGGCUCAACUCUGGAGAGAGAUUCAAGGCUGUAAUAACUGGGAAAACCUGGUUAAACCAUUGCAUCCUCUUCUUCGACAAGAGACCAUUAGAUAUGGUGAGUUUGUCGCUGCUUGUUAUAAAGCUUUCGAUCUUGAUCCCAACUCAAAACGUUACUUGUGUUGCAAAUAUGGCAAGGACAACAUGUUUAACCAAAUUGGAAUGGACAAUUCCGGCUAUCAAGUCACUAAAUACAUCUACGCCACUCCAGAUGUUAAUAUUCCCAUUCAGCAUGGUGCCUCUUGUGGCCGCUGGAUUGGCUAUGUGGCUGUAUCUUCUGAUGAUACCGUUAACAGGCUCGGCAGGAGAGAUAUAGUCAUUACAUUUCGAGGAACAGUGACUAAACAUGAAUGGUUUGCCAAUUUCAUGAGCUCUCUCACUCCUGCGAGGCUAGAUCCUCAUAAUCCACGACCAAAUGUGAAGGUAGAAUCUGGAUUUUUGAGCUUAUACACUUCAGAUGAAAGUGACAACAAGUUCGGACUAGAAAGCUGUCGCGAACAGCUUCUAUCUGAAGUGUCAAGACUGCUAAACAAGUACAAAGGAGAGGAAAUCAGCAUAUCCAUGGCAGGCCACAGCAUGGGAAGUUCACUUGCUCUUCUUCUUGCUUAUGAUAUUUCAGAGCUUGGAUUGAACAGACUCAACAAUCCAACCAUGGAUAUUCGAGUGACUGUGUUUUCAUUUGGAGGACCAAGGGUAGGUAACACAGGGUUCAAGGAGAGAUGUGAGGAAUUGGGAGUUAAAGUGUUGAGAAUUGUGAAUGUUAACGAUCCAAUCACAAAGCUACCUGGGGUUUUUCUAAAUGAAAAUUUUAGGGUUUUAGGAGGAAGAUAUGAGUUCCCAUGGAGUUGCUCAUUAUAUUCUCAUGUGGGUGUUGAACUAGUCUUGGACUUCUUCAACAUGCAAAACCCUUCACGUGUUCAUGACUUGGAAGCCUAUAUCAGCAGCUUACUGGCAAAAUGCUCCAAGCGAUCUUCAUCAGAAGAGGAUGAUGAUCAUCAUCAUGAGGUAUAUUUUCUGAACAAAGCAAAGGAGUUGCUAUUGUCCGCUAAAAAGUUGAACUUGUUGCCAAUGAAAAUUGCUGUAAGCAAUAUCAUAAACUCGGUUCAGUCUCAAAACGCUGAAUUCUUGAUAAAUGAACAAAUCUUAGGAUGGAUGAAUACCUUAACUUUGUAUAUGCUUUUCUAG